GCCCAACUUUUCAAACCGAAUGUGCAUGCGUCGAAGUGCUCUCGUGAACGCGCACCAUAGACUGACAAGACAGAGGAGAAUAUAUCGAUUAAAGUCGUUAUUUUGGUUAAAAUUCAAUUGAGCCACUAUGAGCGGAUGGACCAAUUUAACGAUGUCUUUUGUACUUUUCUGGUCCUUGACAACAACUAUAACCAUGAUGUCUAUGUGGAGGCCUGGAAAUCUCUCGGAUGUCACCUUAAUAUCUUUAUUUGUGACACCGGGAGGUCUUAAAACAUGUUGAACGUCAUGUGGGCGUAACGCUGCAAAGUGAAGAUGCCGUCUGGGCCAAAUCUGCUGUUGGGAUUGAGGUAACAACCCGGGCACGGACACCUCAUCACAAUUCGUAACUAUUUUAUGGAGUGGCUUAUUCGUAUAAAACACGUUUUAGUAAGAUCUGCUUUUGUGCCAGUAACAGUCAGCGGUGGGGCUUCUUUAUCUCUUUUUUUAAAUAUUGCACAUUUUCACGUAAUUCUGAUCGUAAGAAUUCCUACAAAUACGAAUUCCUGUGAGAUCAGGCUGGACACAAAGACAAACUGUGCAGUAUAGUAAAUACUGCGCAAAUAUUUUUAUUGUAUUUAUUUUUUACUAUUUCUUUUAUUUCAUUUGUGUCGUGUGAAACCGUCACAUUGCUUGCUAACAUACUGCUUGUGUUGUUUCUCUAGUAGGUAUACUGAUCUGUAAGUAAAUAUUUGCAGGCUACAUGUUGCAUAUUUAAUUUAGCGUGUGGUGUCCAAUUAUUCUGAAUUUUUAAUCCCGUUUAGUUUGAAGCGCUGUAAUUUGGUAAUCUAAUUAGUCUAGAAAGGUCUAGGACAGUGGUUCUCAAACUUUUCAGAUCAAGUACCACCUUUGAUAAAAGUAGUUGUUCCAAGUACCACCUAGUAAGUAAAAUAAAGUACUGCAUGGAUUCGAUAGGUUUUUAAUGCCAAAUUUAAUGCGUGUGUGUGUAUGUCACAGGUUGGAGGCGAUCACAUCUCUAAUAGUCAUAAACAAUACUGGACUUCAAAAAACAUUCCACAGAAAUGGAGACCGGAGUUUAAAGGACAGGUUAAUCUUCAUGUGUUUGAGGACUGGUGUGGCCCGUCUGUAGCUCAGCUGAGGAAGAAUCUACAUUAUCCACUCUAUCCUCAUUCUCGUAACACUGUUGGAAAACUAGCCGUGUCGCCCAGCUGGACCAAUUAUGGCCUCAGGAUAUUUGGCUAUAUACAUCCUUAUACUGACGGUGACUUCAUGUUCGCAGUGGCAUCCGACGAUAACAGCGAAUUUUGGCUUAGUGAUGAUGAAAAUCCAGACAAUCUAAAGCUUUGCACUUACGUCGGAAAGACAGGCAGAGAAUGGACCGCCCCAGGGGAAUAUGGGAAAUAUGCCAGUCAGACAUCCAAUUUCAUUACUCUUCAGAUGAACAAAAAAUAUUUCUUUGAGCUCAUCCAUAAACAGGAUGAUCAGGGGUCGGAUCACGUAGAGGUUGCGUGGCAACUCAAACAGGCUGGAAGUGGAUUUUCAAUCAUCGAUUCCAAGUACAUCUCUCUCUACACCAAUGAGUCCUCUCUGAAGGCAGGAGAAGUCAGUCACGUUCCUCAGACUGCUGCCAGUCAUGUAGCUCCACCCCACAGUUCUUCUCAGGCUCCGCCCCAUGGAGCGGACAUGUUGAGAUCAGAUCCACGUGACUCGUUUCAUGAGAUUCCAUUACUGGACAGGAUGCGAUUGCGAGGUGUUUUACCCAAAUGUUCAUAUAACCCCAGCUACAUUAUGAAGGGAUAUCCUCUGGUGCGCUAUCAAGGCCUGCAGUUUGUGCAUCUGUCGUACGUGUAUCCCAAUGAUUACACUCGCCUCUCUCACAUGGAGAGUGAAAACAAAUGUUUUUACCGCGGUAAUCCUUAUUAUCUGGAAAGAUACGGUUUCUCAAACUUCCUUCAGCUGGAUCUUCCUGAGACAGACAAGUUAUAUUUCAAGUUCAGAGGAGAUAGGAUGGUAGGACAAGGAAUCAAGAUGGGAAGAAAUGAUUAUGAAGGAUUGCAGGAUGCUGAAACGUAUAAGAAUCAGAAGAUGAAAGUUAUGGAGAAUGACAAUUAUCUGCCAAGGUAUGGCGAUGAUUAUAAUGACUUUUUACCUCAGGGACAACGAAAACUGUUCUCUGUUCAGCAACACGAUGGACAAUUGAGAAACAGAGUUGAUAGAGCGCUGGACAACUCGACGAAUGAAAUACAGGAACAACCUGAAGCAAAGAAAUACCCGGAGGAACCACAGUACCCAAAAGCACAACAGAAAAAAAGAAAAAAGAAACGGCGACAAAAGAUGACAGCGCAACAAAACCUUAAUUACAUCCAGAACUCACCUUCUGAAGUGAGGAACCAGGGUCACGAAAAAGACUCACAGGGGAUUCAGAAAAACCGUCAGAAUCCAGAACCGGCUCAAAGAGUGGAUCGCUGGAGGUCAGAUGUGAAAAAGCUAGUUGACCUGUCGACCAAUCAGGAUGGUGGCAUUGAAAUCCAGCCCCUUAAGGCCAAACACAAUAGCAGUCGCAGAGAUCUGAACCGCGUUCCAGUCAAUGACGGAGCCGUUCCGAUGGAGAACGGACCAAAGGGUAAUGAGUCGAAAAAAUUUGACGAGCCAAUGAAAGUCGCCAUGUUAGAUGGGGCUGUGGGAACCUAUUCUGCCGUGUUUGAAGAGCAGAAACAUGUUGACAUCAACGAUUGGUCAGGUAAUAAGACAGUUUUUAUGGGAGAACAUGUUGACAAUUCUCCCAAUGAAACAUUAGACACAUUAAAAGUAAAGAAGACCAAAAAGUUGAAAAGGGAUCGUGUCAAGGCAGAACCAUUCCAACGGCUACAAGGCGAAACAUACGAAGAUAAUAAAUCGAUACGUGUUUUGAAGGACGACAAUAAAAAUAAUGUCAAGAAUCAAAAUUUGGUUCAUUACCUUACUCAAAAACCUCAUCAUAAGCCGUCGUCUUAUGAGCGUGAUGCUGUUGCUGCUCCGCCCAGAGAGGAAUAUGACAAAGAUUGGGCUCGCUUUAAUGACGACAGAAUAAACGAGAUAAAGGAUAAUGCGAUGCACGUAAGUGAGACCGAUGUUGAAAACAAUGAAGAUGAUGACUGGGUGGCUCAGGGUUACUCCGAGGAAGAGGACUAUGACUUGAUCAACAGAGCUGUGUUUGAUGUGGAAGUCAACUGGGCUCAGACAUUCCAGGUGAAACCUUUGGAUCUGGACAGCAUGCGCUCGGAUUGGAUCGAUCUGAAGUGUAACGUGUCUGGAAACUUGCUGCUUAGCGAAUCUGAGGCUUUGACUGUGGUGGAUGCUUUCAUGAAGAAACUCAACAGGAAAUAUCCAAGUCAGUUUUCUCUACAGCGUAUCGUGAACAUUGAGAAGAGGUCUGAUUAUCCUCGGGGCAGUAGAUAUCUUCUGGAACUGGACCUGUUGGAGGCUUCGGGACGUCACCUGCGUCUGGUUGACUACAUCUAUGUGAAGAGAGUUGAUGACUGGGGUAGUAAGCAAAAAACUGAAGAGCUCAUACUAUGCAAUCCAUCCGGCUUCUUCUGGAACCCAACUGCCGCGGUCCACUUCAUAAUCCCAGUGAAGAAUCAGGCCCGUUGGGUACAGCAGUUUAUUUCAGACAUGGAGGAACUUUACCUCACCGCCGGAGAUCAGAACUUCAACAUCAUCAUCACUGACUAUGAAAGCACUGAUAUAGACAUCGAACAAGCCCUUCAAAAUGCUGUUUUGCCCAGGUAUCAGUAUCUCAGGUUGAGUGGAAACUUUGAACGAUCGGCAGGGCUUCAGGCUGGAAUAGACCUCAUUACUGAUGAUCACAGCAUUGUGUUUCUCUGUGAUCUGCACAUACAUUUUCCACCUGGCUUCAUCGACACUGUGAGGAAACAUUGUGUUGAAAGUCACAUGGCCUUCGCUCCCAUAGUCCUGAGACUCAACUGUGGCGCUUCGCCUCUGGAGCCUGAUGGUUACUGGGAGGUCAAUGGCUUUGGACUUCUGGGCAUUUAUAAAUCAGACCUGGACUCUAUUGGGGGCAUGAACACCAAAGAAUUUACAGACCGUUGGGGUGGAGAAGAUUGGGAACUACUGGACAGGAUCCUGCAGGGAGGGCUGGAGGUGGAACGACUCUACCUGAGGAACUUCUUCCAUCACUUUCACUCAAAACGUGGCAUGUGGAACCGCCAGAUGCUGCGGAACACAUAACCGGGUCUCACCGCUGCUAAGCAACGGUUGCUGUGGCACUUUAAACUAAAACUCGGCGUUUGGUGGACCUCAGGGCAUUCCAGAUGUGUGAAUGGUCAAUGGCCUCCAUCCAUCACUGCUGAUCCAAUGUGGUUUGGUGUGAUUUUUGGUGGAAACGGACAUCUGUGAUCGCUGGAGUUACAGAGAAGUUAAGUAACUGUGUACUGUUAACAUGAACUCUCUUGCCACUGUCGAGAUCUUUUUCAGGUGUUUCUCCAAUGACAACAGCUCCCCCUGGUGUUCAAAGCCAUGAAGAAGAACAAGAGGAAAUGCUUUUGGAUUGGUCAAGAUGUCUGGAACGUCAUUGACCCUUAAGAUUUUUGUUGUCCAGGUCAAGUUUUGGCUAAUUCUGUUCUGACCGACGGGAUUGUAAUGUUAAACGUGAUCCAUGUAUAUAAUGGAAAAUAUGUGUAUUUAAGGCGAGGCAACUAUUCAGGUAACUAUGCAUAUUGGGCUGAGGAUUCCCCUUUGCACACUGUUGUACUGUAUGUUUUAUGCUGUGUGACCUCUUGGGGGCUGAAAGAUUAAUGGGUCAAUCAAAAGAUGUGCAAUAUUCCAAGAGACACAGUCGAGCGUAGAUUUGACUUGCAAAAUUAUUCAAGACUAGUAUUUGUUUGCCACAUCAAUCUCACAAAACAUGUCAAGAAUUAUCAGAAGAAAUUAAAGGGACAGUUUGCCAAAUACGUCUUUAUUUGAAUUUGAUCAUUUAUUUACAGUCACGUUGGUCCAAACCUGCAUGACUUAAACAGAGUGUAAAGACAGAAGGUCAGCGAAUGACAGUUCAGUCACCAUUCACCAUCACUGCUUUUUUCUAUAUAAUGACAGUAAAUGGGGACUGAGGCUAUCGGUGCUUAGCCUUCUUCAUAACAUUUUCAUCAUUUUUAGAUGAAGUUAUACAGGUUUGGAACAAAAUCGUGACAGAACUUUUACUUUAGGGUGAACUGUCCCUUUAAGAUGAUGUCAUUUUGCAACAUAAAAAUAAAAAUUUUGCAACAUAAAAAUUAAAAGUGGUUAAUAUGUUUACUUUGUGCAAAAAGACAAAGGGGUUUUCCGUUUCAUACGCAUGUUCUUAACACAUUUCAGAGAGUAAAGCCAACAGAUAAGUUGACAUGUAUGUCUGCAACACGUGAUGUGCGGUAUUACAAUAAUGCUCUGAUAAAAAAAUACACUGACUAAAGUACUGACUAUGUUUAGCUCAAUGAACGUUGAUGUGCCAUCUGCUAUGCUUAAAACCAAAACAUCUAUUGUCUCUUGUAAAGAAAUUUCAGCGCUGUUUUUACAGAGAUUAUUUUUAAUGGUUCCACAUACUUUAACUGUCAUGUUGUUCUUCUGUUCUUGUGAGCUUUUUCGUUAAAAAAGACGUAAUGCAUUGUAGAUAUAACAGUCGGUAGUUCAUUACAUCCCGAAACCUACUGUAAAUGUUUCCGAUUUAUUUAUUUUGGCUCGUGUUUUAAGUGAAGAAUCCACUUGAAAGCUGUAAAAUGGAAGUGACCUUGAUGAAUUCUGGAUCACCAUAAACCUUCAAAUAAAGUUUCUUCUCUG